ACACUUAGAUAUAUUCCCAUAUUAUUAUUCUCCUUUCUUCUACAAACUUUUUGUAUUUAUAAAUUCCAUAAAUAAUAAGAAGAAAAUGUCUGGUGUUUGGGUAUUCAAGAAUGGAGUAGUCAGACUUGUAGAAAAUCCAGGAGAUCAUUUCCAAGGUUGUAGGAAAGUGUUGGUUCAUGUUCCUACAAAUGAAGUUAUUACAUCCUAUGCAAUUCUUGAAACUAAACUAUAUAAUCUUGGUUGGGAAAGGUACUAUGAUGAUCCAGAAUUACUUCAAUACCAUAAGAGAUCUACAACUCAUCUUAUUUCUCUCCCAAAAGAUUUCAAAAAGUUUAAAACCAUGCAUAUGUAUGAUAUUGUUGUCAAGAAUCGCAAUGAGUUUGAAGUUAGAGACAUAUGAUAAGAAAGACAAAAAUUACAAAGUUUAUGUUUUGAUAACUCAUUCUUAAUUAAUUCUAGGUGUGAUUAGUCUUUUUUUAAAUGUUGUAUUUUGUUUUGUUUGGUUUUCAGAGUGUUGUAACUAGUUUUUGGUACGGAAUUUUGUUUAAUUUCAUGAUUCGUAUGUUAGAAUUGUUCCAGAUUUAUG